AUGUCCAGCUCGCCGCUGUCCAAGAAGCGUCGCGUGUCAGACUCAGAGACGAAGACGGGAUCCCAUUGCUCCUCCUCUAACUCUGUCAGAACUGAACUCUCUCACACACCCGCCAACGUACGUACACACACACUCUGCUCCUCCAACUCUGUCAGAACUGAACUCUCUCACACACACUGCUGGGUUAGUUUGACUGGUUUUCACUCGUGUUUUGUUCUCUCCAGGGCAUGGCUAAGAAUAGCAAUGAUGCUGAGAUCGAUGAAGGCCUGUACUCCAGACAGCUGUAAGUACCAUAUCUAUACCCCAUGAAGGUCUGUACUCCAGACAGCUGUAAGUACCAUAUCUAUACCCCAUGAAGGUCUGUACUCCAGAUAGCUGUAAGUACCAUAUCUAUACCCCAUGAAGGCCUGUACUCCAGACAGCUCUAAGCCAUGAAGGCCUGUACUCCAGACAGCUGUAAGCCAUGAAGGCCUGUACUCCAGACAGCUCUAAGCCAUGAAGGUCUGUACUCCAGACAGCUCUAAGCCAUGAAGGCCUGUACUCCAGACAGCUCUAAGCCAUGAAGGUCUGUACUCCAGACAGCUCUAAGCCAUGAAGGCCUGUACUCCAGACAGCUGUAAGCCAUGAAGGUCUGUACUCCAGACAGCUCUAAGCCAUGAAGGCCUGUACUCCAGACAGCUGUAAGCCAUGAAGGCCUGUACUCCAGACAGCUCUAAGCCAUGAAGGUCUGUACUCCAGACAGCUCUAAGCCAUGAAGGCCUGUACUCCAGACAGCUCUAAGCCAUGAAGGUCUGUACUCCAGACAGCUCUAAGCCAUGAAGGCCUGUACUCCAGACAGCUGUAAGCCAUGAAGGUCUGUACUCCAGACAGCUCUAAGCCAUGAAGGCCUGUACUCCAGACAGCUCUAAGCCAUGAAGGCCUGUACUCCAGACAGCUCUAAGCCAUGAAGGCCUGUACUCCAGACAGCUCUAAGCCAUGAAGGCCUGUACUCCAGACAGCUCUAAGCCAUGAUGGCCUGUACUCCAGACAGCUCUAAGCCAUGAAGGCCUGUACUCCAGACAGCUCUAAGCCAUGAAGGCCUGUACUCCAGACAGCUCUAAGCCAUGAAGGCCUGUACUCCAGACAGCUCUAAGCCAUGAAGGCCUGUACUCCAGACAGCUCUAAGCCGUGAAGGCCUGUACUCCAGACAGCUGUAAGCCAUGAAGGCCUGUACUCCAGACAGCUGUAAGCCAUGAAGGCCUGUACUCCAGACAGCUCUAAGCCAUGAAGGCCUGUACUCCAGACAGCUGUAAGCCAUGAAGGCCUGUACUCCAGACAGCUCUAAGCCAUGAAGGCCUGUACUCCAGACAGCUCUAAGCCAUGAAGGCCUGUACUCCAGACAGCUGUAAGCCAUGAAGGCCUGUACUCCAGACAGCUCUAAGCCAUGAAAUGUAAAUGAAGGCCUGUACUCCAGACAGCUCUAAGCCAUGAAGGCCUGUACUCCAGACAGCUGUAAGCCAUGAAGGCCUGUACUCCAGACAGCUCUAAGACAUGAUGGCCUGUACUCCAGACAGCUCUAAGACAUGAUGGCCUGUACUCCAGACAGCUGUAAGCCAAGUGUUUUGUUUUUUAUUUCCUUUCACAUGUGUUGCAUCUGUACACUUUUUUUUUUUGUCUAGGCCAGGUGAAAAGCUUUCUAAAUGAAUGAUUGAUUAAAGCCUGGCCUCUUUCCUCCAUAGAGCUCCAAUGUCCUGGUCUCAGGGCUGAGGGGGCUGACGUAGUGUUAUAAAGGUGCUAUGUAGUCUUAUAAAGCCUGUAUUCUCUCCUCCGUAGCUACGUGUUGGGCCAUGAUGCUAUGAAGCGCAUGCAGAGCUCCAAUGUCCUGGUCUCAGGGCUGAGAGGGCUUGGAGUGGAGAUCGCUAAGAAUGUCAUCCUGGGAGGAGUCAAGAGUGUUACCCUGCACGACCAGGGACAGGCUGAGUGGAGAGACCUCUCCUCACAGGUACAUGGUGUGUCUGUGGAGCUUAUCUUUGGGCAUGCUCAGGUCAAGAUGAUAUUGAUCGGAACAUGUUUUUAAUUCCAUUUAGUUCUACCUGCGUGAAGAGGACCUAUCUCUGUAUUAACCCUGUCUCUCUGUCUCCAGUUCUACCUGUGAGGACCUAUCUCUGUAUUAACCCUGUCUCUCUGUCUCCAGUUCUACCUGUGAGGACCUAUCUCUGUAUUAACCCUGUCUCUCUGUCUCCAGUUCUACCUGCGUGAAGAGGACCUAUCUCUGUAUUAACCCUGUCUCUCUGUCUCCAGUUCUACCUGUGUAAGGAGGACCUAUCUCUGUAUUAACCCUGUCUCUCUGUCUCCAGUUCUACCUGUGAGAAGAGGACCUAUCUCUGUAUUAACCCUGUCUCUCUGUCUCCAGUUCUACCUGUGAGGACCUAUCUCUGUAUUAACCCUGUCUCUCUGUCUCCAGUUCUACCUGUGAGGACCUAUCUCUGUAUUAACCCUGUCUCUCUGUCUCCAGUUCUACCUGUGAGAAGAGGACCUAUCUCUGUAUUAACCCUGUCUCUCUGUCUCCAGUUCUACCUGUGAGAAGAGGACCUAUCUCUGUAUUAACCCUGUCUCUCUGUCUCCAGUUCUACCUGUGUAAGGAGGACCUAUCUCUGUAUUAACCCUGUCUCUCUGUCUCCAGUUCUACCUGUGAGGACCUAUCUCUGUAUUAACCCUGUCUCUCUGUCUCCAGUUCUACCUGUGAGGACCUAUCUCUGUAUUAACCCUGUCUCUCUGUCUCCAGUUUUACCUGCGUGAAGAGGACCUAUCUCUGUAUUAACCCUGUCUCUCUGUCUCCAGUUCUACCUGUGAGAAGAGGACCUAUCUCUGUAUUAACCCUGUCUCUCUGUCUCCAGUUCUACCUGCGUGAAGAGGACCUGGGGAAGAACAGGGCUGAGGUGUCUCAGACUCGCCUGGCUGAGCUCAACAGCUACGUACCUGUAGUGGCCUACACUGGAGCCCUCACCGACGACUACCUGACUCAGUUCCAGGUAGGUUAUAAACUACAUUACCCAUCAACCCCGGUACCUAAUUAAACUACAUUACGCUGGAGCCCUCGCUGAUGACUAGUGUUGCACGGUAUACCGACUUUGGUACUUUUUGCAUACUAGAACAUGAAAAAUGGGUCGGUUCUAGAAUUUAUUUUCAGGACUUCUGUCAAAUGUGUCUCACGGAUCCUGUCAAUCAGCCCAGCCCACCCCUUAUUAUAGAUCACCCUGCCUACUCCACUAACUCACUGGGAGUCUGGGCAGCAUCAUGCUAGCUCCCCACUCACGCUGCACUGGGAGUCUGGGCAGCAUCAUGCUAGCUCCCCACUCACGCUGCACUGGGAGUCUGGGCAGCAUCAUGCUAGCUCCCCACUCACGCUGCACUGGGAGUCUGGGCAGCAUCAUGCUAGCUCCCCACUCACGCUGCACUGGGAGUCUGGGCAGCAUCAUGCUAGCUCCCCACUCACGCUGCACUGGGAGUCUGGGCAGCAUCAUGCUAGCUCCCCACUCACGCUGCACUGGGAGUCUGGGCAGCAUCAUGCUAGCUCCCCACUCACGCUGCACUGGGAGUCUGGGCAGCAUCAUGCUAGCUCCCCACUCACGCUACACAGAAGUUAACACACUUUAAUAAUGUGACACGGCAUGUAGAAAUGUUGACACUGUUAAUUCCUGUUCACAGAACAAUGCCCAUACAGGCUAGAACGCUUUACAAUGCAAGAAGGUACCGGUAGCUUACGUCUUUGUAGGCUAACUUUCCUUGCUAGCUGACGGCUAAAGCUGACAUCAAUUCACUACCCUAGUACUUUGUUUGUGAUAAUAUGCAAACCAUAACGCAAAAUAUGCUGAUUUCAAAAAUGAUUGCCGCCACAAAUCUUUUUUUAUUCACUUAUUCGGUAUCUCACGUCUCUCCCAAAGAUUAUGUAUUGCCUCAGUGAACUGACUGCCUCGUCAUUACUGGUUAAAGAGAGCACACAUUUAUAUAAAAUAAGCUACUUCUAUGCAAAUGUUGUUGAUCAGUUUAUCAACAGAGAUUCAAAUUAAUAAUUACCAUUUGUAUUUUUUAAGAAUCCCCAUUGUUCCUGCCAAGGCAGCAGCUACUCAUUUUUACAUUUGAGUCAUUUAGCAGACGCUCUUAUCCAGAGCGACUUACAGUUAGUGAGUGCAUAUUGAGAAAUUGAUAAGAAGAUUGUGGGAGCUGUACUGUUAGAAAUUUAGUGCAGCCUUUUGAUAUUAUUGACCUUAACCUGUUGAGAAAAUGUAUGUGUUAUGGCUUUUCAACCUCAGCUCUGAAUCCACGAUAUGGCAAUCUAUCUAAUGGAAGCUUUCUUUAAUAGAAGCUUCUCUAAUGUCAAACAUGUAAAGUGUGGUGUACCGCAGGGCAGCUCUUUAGGCCCUCUUCUCUUUUCUAUUUUUUACCAAUGACCUGCCACUGGCAUUAACCUCUUAAGGAUCGGACCCUUUUUACCCAAAUCUAACUGCCUGUAGCUCAGGACAUGAAGCAAGGAUAUACAUAUUCUUGAUACCAUUUGAAAGGAAACACUUUGAAGUUUGUGGAAAUGUGAAAUUAAUGGAGGAGAAUAUAACACAUUAGAUCUGGUAAAAUAUAACACAAACAAAAAAACAUGCGUUUUCUAUUUAUUUUAUGUUCCAUCUUUGAAAUGCAAGAGAAAGGCCACAAUAUAAUAUUGCGGUUUAGGCGCAAUUUAGAUUUUGCCCACCUGAUGGCAGCAGUGUCUGUGCAAAGUUUUAGAUUGAUCCAGUGAAGCGUUGCAAUACUGGACUAUUUUGAAUCAAGUCUGCCCAAAUGUGCCGAAUUGGUCAAUUGAUACAUUUUCAAGUAUACAACUAUAGAGAAAAUACAAAAAUAAUACACAUUUUAAGUUUACACACUCCCAGGAAUGUCAUACAUGAUGGAUCAUUAGCUUAUACAAUAACUUUCACAGAUCUAGAUGGCAGGGUGGGUGUGGAGCCAGAGAUAGCAGGGGUUCAAACUGUAAAACCCAGUUCCUACAUUGGAAUAUAAAAUUGAUUUAAUCAAACAAAACUAUGCUACAUUUUAUCUCUGGGACCCUCAGGAUGACAAAUCAGAGCAAGAUUACUGAAUGCAAGUACAUUACUUACCUCAGAGGUGAAUGUAUCAAACCAGUUGCCGUGAUACGUUUUUUGUUCUUGUGCACUCUCCUCAAACAAUAGCAUGGUAUUUUUCACUGUAAUAGCUACUGUAAAUUGGAUGGUGCAGUUAAAUUAACAAGAAUUUAAGCUUUCUGCCCAUAUAAGACAUGUCUAUGUCCUGGAAAGUUUGCUGUUACUUACAACAGUCAUGCUAAUUGCAUUAGCGCACGUUAGCUCAACCGUCCCGUAUACAGGACACCGAUCCCGUAGAGGUUAAACAAAGUAUGUGUGUCCAUGUAUGCUGAUGAUUCAACCAUAUACGCAUCAGCAACCACAGCUAAUGAAGUCACUGAAACCCUUAACAAAGAGUUGCAGUCUGUUUUGGAAUGGGUGGCCAGUAACAAACUGGUCCCGAACAUCUCUAAAACUAAAAGCGUUGUAUUUGGUACAAAUCAUUCCCUAAGUUCUAGACCUCAGCUGAAUCUGGUAAUGAAUGGUGUGGCUGUUGAACAAGUUGAGGAGACUAAAUUACUUGGUGUUACCUUAGAUUGUAAACUAAUGGUCAAAACCAUAUAGAUUCAAUGGUUGUAAAGAUUGGGAGAGGUCUGUCCGUAAAACAAAUGCUCUGCUUUUUUUGACACCACACUCCACAAAGCAAGUUCUGCAGGCUCUAGUUUUGUCUUAUCUUGAUUAUUGUCCAGUCGUGUGGUCGAUUGCUACAAAGGAAAGGCCUAGUUCGUCUUGCUCUUCAUUGUAAUCAGAGGGCUGAUAUAAAUACUAUGCAUGCCAGUCUCUUGGUUAAGAGUUGAGGAGAGACGGUUAAUCACUUUUUAUUUUUAUAAGAAACAUUGUGUUGAAUCCCAAAUUGUUUGCAUAGUCAACUUACACACAGCUCUGACACACACUUACCCACCAGACAUGCCACCAGGGGUCUUUUCACAGUCCACAAAUCCAGAACAAAUUCAAGAAAGCGUACAGUGUUAUAUAGAACCAUUAUUGCAUGGAACUCCCUUCCAUCUCAUAUUGCUCAAAUAAACAGCAAACCUGGUUUCAAAAAACAGAUAAAGCAACACCUCACGACACAACGCCUCUCCCCUAUUUGACCUAGAUAGUUUGUGUGUAUGUAUUGUAAUGUAGGCUACGUGUGCCAGUCUGUUAGCUUUGUACAUUUAAUAAAUAUAGACCCAGUUUUGUAUUCCGCAGAUUUCAUUUAGGGAAAAAAACCUGUUAUCACACACGAACCUGCAGCCACUGGAUAGCUUGUCAGUUGACGUUCGAAGUAACGGCGCGGAGCAGUGACAGAGCUCCAUUGAGCUUUUUGACCAUGGCCAUAAUUACAUUCUAUUCACUCUAAUCAUGCUAAAUUCUCUGACUUAAAUAGUCUAACUAAAGUGUGUGUGAGCCAUAUAUGGUGGUGAGGGUUGGACUAUACCAUUCUCUACAGAGUUUAUAUAUAUUUAUUAACAUUGAAUGAAAUAAUAGUUUUUAUGGGUGAACACCCUAUGUACUGUAGUGUAUACUCUAUAACAUGUCUGUGUGUUGUGUUGCAGGUUGUAGUCCUGACCAACUCCCCCCUAGAGGAACAGCAGAGUAUUGGAGAGGUCUGUCACAGUAACGGCAUCAAGCUGGUGAUCGCUGACACACGGGGACUCUUCGGACAGCUCUUCUGUGACUUUGGAGAGGAGAUGCUGGUGAUUGAUACCAACGGAGAGCAGCCUCUCUCUGCCAUGAUCUCCAUGAUCACCAAGGUUAGUACCCUGAUACCAACGGAGAGCAGCCUCUCUCUGCCAUGAUCUCCAUGAUCACCAAGGUUAGUACCCUGCUAAAAUUCAGGCGGUAACACUAAAAUGUGGAAAAAGUAGAGGGGGGGCAGGACUAACUCUGGAAAACCUUACAAGCUUGAUACGGUGGGCUCCAAAAGUAUUGGGAUACUCCUGCACUUUGGAUUUGAAAUGAUACAAUGACUAUGCGGUUAAAGUGCAGACUGUCAGCUUUAAUUAGAGGGUUUUUUCAUACAUAUCGGAUGAACCGUUUAGAAAUUACAGCACUUUUUGUACGUAGUCCCCCCAUUUUAGGGACAAAUUUACAUUUUAGUCAUUUAGCAGACGCUCUUAUCCAGAGCGACUUACAGUUAGUGCAGACAUGCUAACCUCUCACCAUUUCAAUAACGGGAGGGUAGGUAUUUGGGGGGCGAAUAAUAUUUGUGCGUUUUAACUAGAUAUAUUUGCUUGCUAACAAAGUAGAACAGUUGAAUUGUUAUGAACACACCCUUCUGUCCAACUCCAACUGUUUGAAUAGCAUGUUAGCCUGUCCACUUUGUUCAGAUGUGGAAAACAAUUGUGUUUCAUGCUUAUUGCACAUUUUUAUAUUUUAUGCUUAUUGCACAAAAGUCUUUGGCUAAAAUGCUGCUAGCGGGACGUGGUACCGCAAUGUCGUGCGCAACAGAAUUGAUGUUCAUUUUUAGUAGUGUCCGCUCUGCUAAAUGCAAUUUGAGGAGUUGAGACAUAAAAAGGGUAUUGGUAGAAAAGUUACCUUCUCCUCUAUUACAGUAAAAUACUGUCUCAAUGUGUUUUGGUGUCCAUAUGACCGAUUCUAUUGGACCAAACCUCGAAUCCGCUCGUCAGAGAGGGAGAUGUGAUCUGUCAUCUUUGUUGUUAUGAGUGGAAAGAGAGGGGAGGGGGGGGGGGUAAAUUGGAAGGUGCACACAGCCUACAAGUCAUGGCACACAGCCUACAAGUCAUGGCACACAGCCUACAAGUGGCCACUGGCCUAAACCCUAGAUAUUACCCAGCUCUGGCCUAAACCCUAGAUAUUACCCAGGCCUGGCCUAAACCCUAGAUAUUACCCAGCCCUGGCCUAAACCCUAGAUAUUACCCAGCCCUGGCCUAAACCCUAGAUAUUACCCAGGCCUGGCCUAAACCCUAGAUAUUACCCAGGCCUGGCCUAAACCCUAGAUAUUACCCAGGCCUGGCCUAAACCCUAGAUAUUACCCAGCCCUGGCCUAAACCCUAGAUAUUACCCAGGCCUGGCCUAAACCCUAGAUAUUACCCAGCCCUGGCCUAAACCCUAGAUAUUACCCAGGCCUGGCCUAAACCCUAGAUAUUACCCAGGCCUGGCCUAAACCCUAGAUAUUACCCAGGCCUGGCCUAAACCCUAGAUAUUACCCAGGCCUGGCCUAAACCCUAGAUAUUACCCAGCCCUGGCCUAAACCCUAGAUAUUACCCAGGCCUGGCCUAAACCCUAGAUAUUAGUCCACUACUAGCGCUGUAGAUGCUGCUGUUUGAUACCUGGAAGCCCCUCUGGUUAGGAGCUUCUUUACACCUGAACUUAACCUGUAUCUCAGCGAAAGACUGGGACGCUUCCAGGGUCAAUCAUUUGUUUAGCUGGAGAGUGACAAAAUGUGUUCCGCGUUUAGGUAAGAAAAGUUGUUGUGGAACCACUGACUUAAUAUAUGUCAUUUAGCAGACGCUUUUAUCCAAAGCGACUUAGUCAUGCUCGCAUCUAUUUUUUUACGUAUGGGUGGUCCCAGGAAUCGAACCCACGUCCCUGGUGUUACAAGCGCCACGCUCUACCAAUUGAGCUACGAAGGACCACUCAUCAAAUGUGACGUUUCCAGUCUUCCUAGUACUGUCUCUUAUCUCUUUUCAUCUUGUCAGUGAGUGGAACUGGUAACCUCUGUUCCUGGUUUCCCGUGUUGUGCAGAUCUCAUCCCUGCUUCUCACUCCGUAGGACGCAGCAGGUGUGGUGACGUGUCUGGACGAGACUCGCCACGGGUUUGAGAGCGGAGACUUUGUGAUCUUCACUGAGGUGCAGGGCAUGACUGAGCUCAACAGCUGCAAGCCGUUAGAAAUCAAGACCCUGGGUGAGUCCUAUCCUGAAGCAGGAUCUGUCUGUUAGCGCCAUCAACAUAACUUAGUAUGGUCAUAGCCUGGUCUCAGAUCUGUCUGUUAGCGCCAUCAACAUAACUUAGUAUGGUCAUAGCCUGGUCUCAGAUCUGUCUUUGCUGUCUUGGGUUAGAGCCAUAGCUCCGUCAACAUAACUUAGUACUGCCGUGACAAUGACCCUAGGAUCUAGCUAGACGUCUCUCACAGUUCUGGCACCAGGCUACUGUCAUGGUAUCAGGGGCAUAUUCUAUUCAGUAGUCUUCUAAAGUCAAUACUCUCCUCAUCUCCUUGCUCUCCCUCUCUCUCCGUCCAGGCCCAUACACCUUCAGUAUCUGUGACACCACAGGGUUCUCUGACUACGCCAGGGGAGGCAUCGUCUCUCAGGUCAAGAUGCCCAAGAAGGUGGCCUUCGUAAGUACCUCACGUUGUCCUCGGGUCAUUGUGUCAGGUGAGCAUGUGGUGGUUUUCAUUAAACCGUUCUGUUGCUGUGACGUGGCAGACAGUUACUGCCAUCUACAACAAUGUUUAACGUAGUGGUACAAGCCUGGUCAAAUGUUCAGGUUGCAAAACUUCAGUGUCUGACUAAUCAUGAUCAUUUGGGACUCUGAAUGUGUGCAGUGAUUUCACCAGUAAAGUAAUCUCCAACGGUGCAUAGUCCACUAUUACCUGGCGGAAGAAAGGGUGAGUUAAUUCACAUGCGUCUCGCCUUCUCUCUCUUGCACACGUCCCCCCCCCUCCUCUGUAGAAAUCCUUCACCACUUCCAUGGCUGAGCCAGAGUUUGUUCUGACAGACUUUGCUAAGUUUGAGCGACCAGGACAGCUUCACCUGGGCUUCCAGGCUCUACACAGCUACCAGAGGAAACACCGCAGGCUGCCCAAGCCCUGGUGCCAGGUACACACACACAUACACACACACACAGUGGUAAUCCCAUCAAUCAAAUCAAAUCAAAUUGUAUUGGUCACAUGCGCCGAAUACAACAGGUGCAGACAUCACAGUGAAAUGCUUACUUACAGCCCUUAACCAACAGUGCACAAGGCAGAAUCCUGUGAACAAGAAUGAAUGAAUGUGUUCUGCUUAUUUUUGACUUCCCUGGGCUGUUUCCUCCAAAUCAAAAAUAAAAUAAUUGCAAGCUAG